AUGAUCCAUCGCUCCGGUUCUACGCAGCCUUCACAUGCGUCCCCACCGACUCCGAGUAGCGCUCUCUGCGCCAAGGUGAGCGUGGUCUCUGGGAUCCGUUGUGAGCGGCUCACCGCCUGACUGACCCACAGAGAGAGAGAGAAAAGAGAGAGCGAGAGAGCGAGAGAGCGAGAGAGAGAGAGAGAGAGAGAGAGAGAGAGAGAGAGAGAGACCAUCUUUCCCCUCUCCAAACCCAUCUUCCCUUCGCUUGGGAGAGACCGCAGCGCCAGCCGUUUGUUUCGGCAUCUUUCUCUCCUCCUCCUCCUCCUCCUCCUCCUCAUCUUCCUCGCUGCGUCUCUUCUUCAUCAAGAGGAGGAACCGGACAGCCCCGUCGUGAUUUUGUGGAAAUACAUUUUUGCAAUAUUUUUUUCCGUGCUGGGUGUUGGUAGCGCGCAGUUGGUGCGCGCCUCUGCAAAUUCCGGUGAAUGGUGGAUUUGGCAAACAUGGAGAGCGUGGAGAAGGAAUGCGGGGCCCUCGGGGGUCUGUUCCAGGCGAUUGUCAACGACAUGAAGUGCUCCUAUCCUGUGUGGGAGGACUUCAGCGCCAAGGCCACCAAGCUGCAUUCUCAGCUCCGAACCACUGUUUUGGCUGCUGUGGCCUUCCUGGAUGCCUUUCAGAAGGUGGCAGACAUGGCGACCAACACCAGAGGGGCAACCAGAGAUAUUGGUUCAGCUCUGACCAGGAUGUGCAUGAGGCAUCGCAGCAUCGAGGCCAAACUUCGCCAGUUCACCAAUGCUUUGAUGGAGAGUCUCAUCACUCCUCUCCAGGACAAGAUUGAGGACUGGAAGAAAACAGCCAACCAGCUGGAUAAGGAUCAUGCAAAAGAGUACAAGAGGUCACGCCACGAGAUCAAGAAGAAGUCAUCUGACACCAUGAAAUUACAGAAGAAGGCUCGUAAAGGGCGAGUAGACCUGCAGCCUCAGGUGGACAGUGCCAUGCAGGAUGUCACCGACCUGUGCCUGUUGAUGGAGGAGACAGAGAAGCAGGCGGUGCGCCGCGCCCUGGUGGAGGAGAGGGGUCGCUUCUGCACCUUCAUUGGCUUCCUGCAACCAGUCGUGAACGGAGAGAUCGCCAUGCUGGGGGAGAUCACUCACCUCCAGGCCAUCAUUGAUGACCUCACUGUGCUGACAACAGAUCCUCAUAAACUGCCCCCUGCUAGUGAACAGGUGAUUAAGGAUCUGAAGGGGUCAGAUUACAGCUGGUCCUAUCAGACCCCUCCCUCAUCUCCAAGCAGCUCUGGCUCACGCAAGAGCAGCAUGUGCAGCAGCGUCAACAGCGCCCACAGUAGUGCCUCCCGUUCGUCAGGAGGAGGCGGUAGUUGUGGUAUUGGCGGAGGUGGUGGUGGUGGAGGCUCCCAACCGCACUCACCCACCUCCUCCUCCUCCUCCUCCUAUCGGUACCGCAGCAACCUGCCGCACCAGCCUCUGCCGCCGGGGGGCAUCGCGGCACACCGCCUCAGCAGCGUCUCCUCCCACGACUCGGGGUUUGUGUCCCAGGAUGCUAAUAUCUACUCCAAGCCCCCGUCACCCAUGCCCUCUGACAUCACGAGCCAGAAGUCGUCCAGCUCAGCAUCAUCCGAGGCCUCAGAAACCUGCCAAUCAGUCAGUGAAUGCAGCUCCCCCACAACUGAUUGGUCCAAAGCAGGUCAGUAUGAGCAGCCCGUGGCUGCAGCAGCAGUCCAGAGGAGAAAGGAGCCCCUCGAUAGACUGAGGGAGAGCGAAGCAUCACCAGGCUCCCAGGGGUACGCCGGGACAUCACACCCCGAUGACGGCCAGAGAGCCAGGAUCACUCCUGCUAAUAUUGCUGCCAAGCAUGGAGAGGAGGUUUCCCCAGCAGCCAGUGACCUGGCCAUGGUGCUGACCAGAGGACUGAGUAUGGAGCAGCAGAAGAACAGCAGAGACUCGCUGCUGUACUCCAGUGGAUACAGCACAGAGACCACAACCCCAUCCUGCUCUGAGGACACCAUCCCCUCACAAGGUUCAGACUAUGACUGCUACUCAGUGAAUGGUGAUACUGAAGGCCCAGAUGGACAGACAGAGUUCGACAAGUCCUCCACAAUUCCUCGUCACUCUAAUAUCGCCCAGAACUACCGGCGCAUGAUCCAGACCAAGAGGCCAGCCAGUACAGCCGGCCUACCCAGUGGUGUGCAUGUUCAUGGGAUAUCAGGACAAUCUGGUGGAGCUGCUGGAGGCGGAGCAGGGACUCCCGGCACUGCGACCAUUCGACGAACCCCAUCUACUAAACCAGGUGUUAGGCGCACAUUGUCCAAUGCUGGUCCCAUCCCGAUCCGACCACCCAUUGUGCCUGUCAAGACCCCCACGGUUCCCGGAGACUCACAUUCACCUGGGGCAGGGGGUGGUGCGUAUGCAGCUGGAGGACAUUCGGGUGGUGUACCUGUGCGUGUAGGCAGUGAGGAGUGUGUGUUCUAUGCUGGAGUGGAGGACGCACAGGGUGCGCUUGAUUAUGUGAAGGCGUCACCCAAGCGCCUCAGCCUACCUAACACUGCCUGGGGAUCAGGGGCAGCAUUAGAGGUCUAUGCCCAACAGCAUGGGGGUCUUGUAAUGGGGACAGGCUCAGGGGCCGGAUCAGAGGAGGAUCAGAUGAUCGCGGCAAAUCGGCAUAGUCUAGUAGAGAAGAUCGGCGAGUUGGUAGCCAGUGCACACGCCCUUGGCGAGGGGCAAUUCCCUUUCGCCACUCUUCCGGAUGACCCAGGCCUGCCACCAACUGGCUCCACCGAUGCUCAGACAGGGAUAGAGGAGGCAGAAGGGUCCGGUGAUAUGUUGACCACUAUCAGGAGAGGAGUCCGCCUUCGCAAGACCGUGUCCAAUGACCGCUCUGCACCUCGCAUCUUGUGAUUCGGGGAGAUGCAGGAAGAAGAUGAUACUUGUCAGCCAAUAGGGAGUCAGGUGUUGGUGUGGUGCAAUUCAACCGCCUAGUACAUUCACAAAAAACUUAACCAUGUAGGGAAAGCUAUAAUAUAAAAGAAGAUGAAUGAAAACAUACACAAAAAACAAGUUUUAAAACAUCAUUAGAGUAAAUGAUAUAUAAUAUUACAAUGAUAAUAACAUUGUUAAUGUUAAUUCAUGCUGACAAUUCAAAGUUAAAUACUGAAUAUUGACAGGCUCCUAGCAGGCCACUAUAACUAGUGUGUGUUGGACGCAUGUUUGUCUUCUCUACACCCUCACCCAGGGACGGACAGACUCGCAGGAAAGACAGGUAUAAAAAUAAUGAGGCGAGGAAAGCGCGAAAGACUGGGUUCUGUUCUGUUUGCCAACCUACACUUUUCCCCACCCUCUUCUUUAACUAACCCGACCAUAUAUUCCCAGAUGAAAGACUGAUGACUGAACGAGGGGCCAUUGGGGACGAAAGGGAGAAGUGGGAGGGGAGAUCAGGGUUCCAUGUGACCGGCUGGAUUUGAACUGGCUUUCUCAGCAACAACACACUGUACUUAUAAGCCAAGUGAACUGAAGCUUUGGUACUAGCACGGGGAGCUAACAAACCAGAGGGCUCCUCUGGUUCAUCCCCCCAAAAAAUACUGUUGGCAUUGAACCGUGCUAGUGCCCCUUCCCCUCUCUCUUGCUCUCUCUCUCUCUCUCUCUGUAUAGUGUGUGUGCAUUCAUGUGUAUGUGUUUGGGCAAAUGUGAAAGAUGGUUGCGUGCGCAUGUUGAUGAAUGUGUGUGCGUGCGCGAGGGGGGUGGGUAAAGCUCUGCUGCAGGACAGCUGGUUACCCAAUGAGGGCAGGGCUUUUCUCCUGUUUGUCGUGCGUGUAAUUUCUUGUUUAUAUCGUAACGUCAUUUACCUUGUUGCCACUGUACGAGACGUUAGGAGAAGUAAUCCAGGCGUAUAGAUAUAUUCAUAUAUAUUUUCUAGAACCAGAGAGAAAUGUUAAAUCAGAAAUGGAGCAAUAAAUGUGUUUUAUUUUCUUGUUUCGAAAAAAAAAAAGGAUUGAUGGGAGUAUUGUGGAUUCUCCUUUGUAACAUUCAGGCAAUCAUCAGGAAUGCUAAAUUACACAUCGACUGUGAAUUCAUGCCAAGCCAGGUUUGGCCUUCUUUUUUUUCUCUCUGUCCCUGUGUCUGUUUGGGGGAGGAAGCUGAUCACAAAAAAUGUUGAGAAAAAAAAGGAAAACUGUAAGCACUUUGAAACGGUAGGUGGUAGUGUAGAGUAUGUACUAUAGCCACUAGGUGUCGCUGUAGCCAUACACUGUUAGGGAGCACGAGCGUGAGAGAGAAGGUUGUCAAUAAGACUGUGUCCUGAGGAAAUUAUUUAAUUUGUGAAAGGAGAGGAAGAAAGAGGAAGUGAAGAAGACUUGUAAUUGGAGUGGAAUGAUUGGUCAAAUGAGAGAUGGGAUAAGGAAGUAAAAGCUAAAUAUUUAUUUAAAAAUGGACUGGAGGUCAGGGCCCUUCAGGGGUCUACAAGCCAUCGCAAGCUGUGGAUUCUUGAAUAGUGCUGAGGGUUUUUAUGAUGUGGAUGAGACUGAGCACACAAUCCUUUAUAACAUCUCUGCAUAGAGAGGUCAGGCUACUUUUGGAAAUUAGCUUCAGAUGGUUGGUGACAAACCUCAUGACGAACAGACAUGUUCUCAUUAGCCAUGCAGAUUGUUUUGGUAAAAUUUUGUCCAGGUUCACAUAACUGACAUUUCUGUCUCCUCCCUAACAAUCAAGGUGAAGGCAAUUUUAUUUUUGAUGCUCAUAACAUUAAAAGAAUCAAGUUAAAAACAGCUCUUUCUCUGCCCAGAGACAAAGGUCUUGUUUCUCUGUUUCAUCGACACAUUCUCUUUUCUAAAUCUAUAUAUAUUCUACCAGGAGAUCUUACAGUAACUUGGAUAUUUUCUCAGACUCAUCACUGUGGAUUUUUAAAAAUGCUAUGUUUUGAUACUGCAAGCACAACAGAUUCAGUUAAUUUAACCUCCUGCGUGAAGGCAGGAAUAUCAAAUCUCAAAUACCUGGGCGAAAAAAUCCCAAACCAUCACCAGGCAGAAUAUUACAGAAUAGGUUUAUUUGAAAUUGGGCUCCACUGACUUUUGAACCAACGACAGUAGACCUGAGAUUCAAAUUACAUGGAGAUUAUGAUUGGACAAACAUUUGAGUGGCAUGUAUGUAUUCUGAGCUCUGUAUUCAGACUUUUUAAAUUGAACACAGUGGGAUUGUUUUUCCCAUGGUCAAACCCCAUAUUACAAAUUUAUCUCAUAUUUAUGUAUAAAUACAUAUCAGCACAUUGGCUUAUCUGCAAUUAUGGUCUUAAAUACUGUAAUCUUGCAUAGUGGGGAGGCAAAGUUAAGCCUUGAACAUGGCUGAGCAACAACCUUUAGCCCCAGAUUCACUUCGGUCAAAAAAUUCUCCCUUUAUUAAAUGACAUAGGAACUUCACCGUCUUCUGACCACAUGAUACAUAGUGUUUCUGAGCUGUCGGUUAGCAACAGGUAGCUUUGCUUCCGGCUCUGUGAAGUCGCCAGCUCGUUGCGGUCUUUAAAAGUAAUUUUACUUACUACUGUUCUGGUAAUGUAAUGUUUAACAAGUCAUUGAAUACAUUUUUCAUGGUACAUUCAUGGACCAAUAUCAGUUCAGUUAACGAUUGAAACAUACAUUAAGUCACAGAAAAUGAAUGUAGCUCCAUUGAUCAAGUUCUUUUAGCCUAUUGAUUGUUAAGUGAGCACAACAUUGCUGUCUUAGCUAAUUAAAUCUACCAGGCUACCCCAGUGCAUUUCAGUCCAGCUCAUUGCAGAUAACCCAGUCGGGCUCAGGGCACGGCAGAAUGAAAGGAUCAUUUGUGGACAUUAAGAAGAGGUGAUAAUGCGUUUACUGAUGACAAAGAAGCCGGAGUUACACUCGUGAAGCUGACAGAGAGAGGAAAAGAUGUGUGGAACGAGCAUUUCACUGCCUGUUCAUACGUGUGUACUGUAUAUGCUGAUACUUGUACCCGAGAAUCAGGCGCACAGAUUUGGUAUAAACGUUUGUUAGGAAAUAUUACAUGGACAAUUUAGUUUUUCAUCCUGCAGUAGGCUACUGUUUGAAUAUUAAGUCUUACUUUUAAUUAAUGUAAAAAAAAGAAGAAAAAAAACUCCAGGUGUAACACAAACUACUAAGCUGUGUUACAUAUGGAUGUGGGGUGUGUGGGUCGAGAGCGAGUUUGUCUUUGUUUGGCUGUUGAACUGUAGGCUAGUUGAAUUCUUCAUCAACAUGUCUGUACGUGCUUUUAGCAGUGACUUGAACAUAACCAGUGACAUCAGCGCUCCUUUUGUCCACUUAUUUAUUAUAUUUUGCUGAAUAGAGCACUGUUUUAGAAAUGUGUGCCACUGUUUUAAAAAUAAAAUUAGGUUGAAUUAAUAUAAAGAUACAGAGAGGAGGAUGUUUGCAAGUUUCAAACAUUUUCACACUCUGCAAGCACUUUUCUUUCUUUCUAUGCUUCAGCAAGGGGAUGUUUUAUUGUUUUUGUCUGGGGGGGUAUCACUGUAUGUGUCCUGUCACAUGCUGAUGAUGCGUGUUGUAUCAGGUGAAUCAGACUGGGUGAGAGGGUGGAAGGGGAGAGCAGAGGGCUCCAACUUCAACCCCCCCUCCCUAAAAUAGAAAAGUUAAAGGUAUGAAAAUGUUCCACUGACGUGUUUGUUUCAGAGGACACAUUGUACACAAAUAUACGUACAUAUGCUGAAUGUACUACAAGCUGUGUGAAAUGUUGCAAUGUUAGAAUUUUGUUCGUGUACAACUGAAUGAACUGAACUUCCUGUUUGAAGGGCAGGGAAGCAACACAAUAAUAGUGUGCAUGUACGUACAUUCACCAUGAUGUUCCAGUGUGGGCGUGUUAAAGGAAAGUAUCACUGUUUUGGCCACUCAAGGAUACGUGGUGUUCCCCCAUCUACAAGCUAUUCCAUACUGCACGGCUCUAAAUAUAUGAUUUGGACAUUUGAAAACUAUCCAAGGACGCUGCUAGAGCCGAUUCCACUUGUCUGUAUGUGUCUGUGCUAUGUGUAUAUAUAUUCUAGUUCAACGUGACACAAUUUAACUCACUGCCACUUGUCUACAGUAAGUUACUGGUUUAGUAAAGGGUUAUAACACCCUGCAGAUCAGACACGCAGCUCAUUUACAGACAAUGGACACAACUCAGGAUAAGGCUUCUGAAAACAUUGUAACUGCACACAGGAUGACUGGCUAUGGGAUGAGUGUGAGACGAGUGUUAGCUACAACACUGCUAUUUUCCUUUAAAUCGCCCAAAUAACAGCACAAGUCAUCCAACUAAUCAAUAAUUUCUUUUUUUAACAUGCUGUAUUAACUGUGUACUGAACUAACUGUCUGAACAAGCUGAAAUAACUGCUCUGCUACACAAGUGUCAAUAUGCCUAUUUUUUAUGAGUUGUCGUGUCUGUGGGUUGAAGUCAGCAAAGCAGAGCUACAGUGAAAACAUUCUGUAGAAAUACACAUUGACACAAUUACAUGCGUCAAUGUGUUUUUCAAGUGAAAUUCACACAAAAACUGUGUUAUGGGCUUUCAUUCUGGGCAUCCAUCCAAUAUCUACACCACUUAUCCUUUUAGGAUUGUAGGGGGAGCCAUUCCCAGUACACCCUGGACAGGUCACCAUUGCAUUGCAGGGUCAACAUACAGCCAGAUUAUAACUUCAUUCAGACAUUAAUUCCUACGAUCAGUUUAGAGUCUCUAGUGUGGGGGGAAGCAGAAGCACCCAGAGGAAACACACACAGACACCACACCCACACCCCCAUGACACCCAUUGGGUGCAUCCUAAGAAAAACAAAAUUCUGAUCUACUCCUUUCAACAUUUGAUGAAAACUUUGAUCCAUUGUUUGAGAUGGUGGAAACGAAGCUGGUCUGAGACAUAAAUACUCAACAGCAACAUUGUCUGCAAAGCCUGUAUGAAAACUGCCAAUUAAGUCUUGAGUUUGCCUUUCAGUACACACAUCUUGAACCAAAAGCAAAAGAAAUCUGGAUUUUCAAAACCCGGAUCCCGUUCAUCUUUUUACUCUUUUUUCUGUUUCUCUUUCCGUUCUUAAAACUCCCCUUAACCUCGACAGAUCGAUACUCACAGGGAGGCCAUCUAGCUGACAAAUCACAACACAUUGCUUCUCAUAGAGUCUGGAUUGCUUUACUCUGUCUCUGUGCCUCUCAGCCCAUGAAAGCCAAUGAAAAAAUAUUCUGAUGAAGUCUUUAUUUUCCUCACACUGGAUAAGAGUUCAGCUCUGUUCCUCUCUCUCUCUCUCUCUGCCUCCCCCUGACUCCUCUUCCUCCCCCUCUCUCCAUGUCUGUGUAUGUCGGUGUGCAGUACUCCACAUGUGUGUGUGUGUGUGUGUGUGGUAAUGGCUAACGGGUGGUAUCAUUAUGGGUCCAGAGUGAGCUGUUCAAAGGAGUGUCAGCCAGGGCAAACUUCUACCUCCUGUACCAGUAACGUGAGCUGGCUUUUAAAGCGAGCAGCUGGAUGUCUCCAUCACAGCACUAGAUUACAUUUUAAUUAAUUUUGAUCAAGCUUUUUCAGAGAUAUCCUUUUGGCUCACUCUCACAGGCUGUUUAUAUUACUUUGAUGGUUUCUUGGUGAGCUGUUAACAGAAAACCUGCAAGAUGCAAAUGUGAGUAGUAGUUCAAUGCGAGGAGGGAUAUUUCACCCACAUUACCAUUGCAAACAAUCUGAGGGUGAGCUUCUUAGUCAUUUUGCUAUAUUUCUGAUUCGGCUGCUGUCUCGCCUGCUUUUGGGGAUACCCGGUCAGUACUUCAUUUUUUGAACUGCCCCGUUUUAAUAAAUAGAUGUCAUACAUUUGUGGAAUAUAGAUGAAUAAGUUCUGGCCAACUUAAAGCUAAAAUCUGGUGCCUGAAUAGAUGCAGGGCUUGGAAAGAUGAGCUCUGAAGCAGUGAGAGCUUUUAAUAAAGUGGGGCAACAAACUAUUUGACAUCAUGAUUCUUCAUCAAUGUCUAAGAUGAAGAUCUCAUCUUUCCAGAUCCAUAUCUUCCAUAACAUUAUUGGCAAGCUACUAAAAACUAAAUUUACUGUUUCAUUAAUAUGCUAUCCUCAAACCACUGUUAGAAAUGUAGAGGCCGAGGAAGAUUUGAGUCGCAGGAAUCGACAAUGUGUCAUUUUGUUAUUUUCAGAUGUGACAUAAUGGGAUUAAAAGUAAAGUAGGCAGGAGUUGGGCUGCCUGUUGAUGGUCAAUGACCAUAAAACAAUCAGCAGUGGCCGACCCACUCAUUAAUUUUGACAACAAUCGAGGCAUUCAGAUGAGUUCAAUAGUUACUCAGAUUUAUGGGAAAUAGACAGACUUGUGCACACAGCAUGAACUUCCCAAUAGAAAUUUGGUGUGAUUGUGAUGUGUACAUUCGAAUGCACUGAGAAUUCUUAACUGUUUGAAAUUAUUUGGAUAAAUAUUUUCUUUUGAUAUGAAAGUUAUGUAUUUACGAUCAGACCUGUAUGUAUAACCCACUCCUUUAGCCAUCUGCCCAGGUUAUAUUGAGUGUGUGUGUGUGUGUGUACACUGUUUUGUGUUGCAUGUGGUUCAGAACCCUGCUGUUCCUCCCCCCACCUCCUACACACAAUCUGUCAAUCGUUCCCACUAUCUAAUCCACUACACACAAAGACACACACACAGACACACAUGACUAAGGUAGAUUCUUGGAAGUAACAUGACAGUCCACUGAAGAUCUCUAGAGGGGGUCAUGCUGUAACGCAGUGUAACUUCCUGUCAUACAACCAUGCAGAGGGGAGUGGCCUCCUGGUUCCACGGCCGCUGUACCUAAACUGAAUGUCUUUCUGUCAGUGCUCCAGUUCUUGCUAGUAGUCUCUCGCUCGCUCGCUCUCUCUCUUCCUCUACAAACCUCCUUCUGCACUCUACAGAGAAAUCGCUUCGCAACUGAGCCGUUGAGUUAUUUCUACGGGUCUGUUCUGUUCAAACGACAUCAUUGUGACCGAGUCUUCUGCACUUCUCGUCCCUCCUGAGUAGCCCUGCAGGAACUGUGGUCUUGUCUUUAUCUCUUUUCCCCCUCUCACGUCUUCUGCUCUUCUUCUUUAAUUUAUUGUGAAUUAAUUUCUGAGGUUUUUUGGCCUUUCAGUUGCUGAUGUUGAGGUUUUAUCUUUUCUGUCUUUUUUUGUUGUUAAUUUUAAUCACUGCUAAUGUAACAAAACGCACUGUGAUGAUUCCAGUAUUAAUAAAAGUUGUACUUAAACUGUG